GCAAGCCAGUAGUGAGAGUCACUCAGAGCUGGAGAAUGGAAAGCCGCUGCUAGAAGUGGGAACAUCCAACGCAUGCUUAUUCGCAACCUAUAAUUCAAUAUAGCCUUCUCACACGAGACUAUUUGCAACCUGGCCGAGGGUGGAACUAAGAAAGUAUUUGGACAACCAACAGUGAAUCUUACAUCUGUGCUUGGCAUAUUUAUUUUUCUUCGCUAGUGAGAUAAGACAGGCUGACACUGAUGGGCUUGCUGUAUAUUUGGACACUUCCUGUCCUGCUCGGAGCAACUGUCUCUGUCGGCUGGCUGGCUGAAGGGCGUAGGAACAUGGAUACAGUGGACGCUACGGGGAACCCCUCCCAGGGACCCCAGACCAAGAAGAAUGGACAGGAUGAAGGGGUUGCCAAGCCAAUCCUCUCCGGGUCUGACGGGGGGCCAUGCCGGAGGACUGACUGUGGGCGUGGCCGUCAGUGUGUGCUGCUGGAGGCAACAGGCCGGGCAGAGUGUGUGUGCCAGGAGAAGUGCCGGCCAACCUUUGUGCCAGUGUGCGGCUCUGACGGACGGUUCUAUGAGAACCACUGUGAGGUGUACCGCACCGCCUGCGUGCAGAAGAGGAGGAUCUACGUCGUGCACAGCAAGGACUGCUUCUUCAAAGGGGACACGUGCACCAUGGCAGAGUACAACAAGCUGAAGACUAUGUUGCUGGAUAUGCAGCCCAAAGGCCUGGGUGGUCGGGUCAAGAAUGUCAAAAGAAACAUGGACCAGAAGAGGGCACUGGUAGACACCAUGUUUAAAUACCUGGACGUCAACCGAGAUGGCAGUCUGGGCAGUGACGAGCUGGCAAAGAUCUCUAUCAAGGAGCACCUGGAAGACAGUUUGCUGGAGUGCACCAUGCAAGACCUGCUCCGCUACGAUGACUACAACAAUGAUGGACACCUGACUCUCCAUGAGUUCUACACCGCUUUCCAGGUUGUUCAGCUGAGCCUUGCUGAGGACCAGAGAGUGAGCGUCUCCGUGGUAACGGUAGGCCUCAGCACUGUGCUGUCAUGUGCCAUCCAGGGGACGCUGCGGCCGCCAAUCAUCUGGAAGAGGAAUGGGAUCAUACUCAACUUCUUGGAUCUGGAGGAUAUAAAUGACUUUGGCGACGAUGGCUCCCUCUACAUCACCAAGGUGACAACGAUCCACAUGGGCAACUACAGCUGUCAUGCGUAUGGAUAUGAAGAGCUCUAUCAGACCCAUGUACUGCAGGUGAAUGUUCCCCCAGUGAUCCUGGUGUACCCAGAGACCCAGGCCCAAGAGCCCGGCGUGUCGGCCAGCCUGCACUGCCACGCCGACGGCAUCCCCGACCCCAACAUCCUUUGGCUGAAGAACGGCAUGGACCUGCAGCCCCGGCCCUCCAAGCAGCUGUCCCUCAUCGCAAAUGGUAGCGAGCUCUACAUUGGCAGUGUCCGCUAUGAGGACACAGGCGCAUACACCUGCAUUGCUAAGAAUGAGGUGGGGGUGGACGAGGACAUAUCAUCUCUGUUUGUGGAGGACUCUGCCAGAAAGACAUUGGCAAAUAUACUGUGGCGAGAGGAAGGGUUGAGUGUGGGGAACAUGUUUUAUGUGUUCUCUGAUGAGGGCAUCACUGUUCUGCAACCCAGCGAGUGUGAGAUUCGCAGACACAUCAAGCGCACGGAGAGGAUCGUAGCCAGCUAUGAGGAGAUGUGCCCUAAAAGUGAAGGCGUGUCUCCACAACACUGUGCUUGGUCAUCAGCAGUCAGUGUGAGGGAUAAGUACAUCUACGUCACCCAGCCCCUCCAGAAACGCCUGCUGGUCAUUGACACCCAGGCCCAGAAAGUCGUGCAGGCUGUAGAGACAGACCCUUUCCCGGUGAAGCUGCUCUAUGACAAAUCACAUGACCAAGUCUGGGUUUUGAGUUGGGGAAGCAUGCAGAAGUCCCACCCAACGUUACAGGUGAUACCCCAGGCCAGCGUUGGAGAGGUCCACCACACCAUCCGCACCCCCUUCCAGAGGGUGGAUGACUUCUUCAUCCCGCCGACCAACCUCAUUAUCACGCAUGUCAGGUUUGGUUUCAUCUUCCUGAAAUCUGAACCUGCAGUGCAUAAAAUUGACCUGGAGACCUUCCACCGGGUAAAGACCAUCAGCCUGAAGAACUACAGCUGUGUACCGGUCAGCAUGGCCUACACACACCUGAGCGGCUUCUACUUCAUCCAGUGCCGGUCUCCGAGCAGGGACCCCUCAUCAGCCCAGCCCCAGCUCCUCAUCGACAGUGUCACGGACACAGUCAUCGGGCCCAACCUCAACAUCACGGGUCAGCCUUACGUCUCCCCGGAUGGCCGCCUCAUUGUCACACCGGAUCGGCAGCACGGCAAGGUCAGAGUUCAGACAGUGUCCUUCCAGGGGGUGCUGGGGCUGAGCCGGGAGUUGGACACCACCCUUCACGUGUCCGAUGUGGUCUUCCAGCCCUCCUUCACAGAGUCCAACCAGUACACAAUGGUGGCUGUCUCCGGCUCAGACACGGACCUGCUCUUCUCUGACCUGGCUUCAGGCAAAAGCGAGGUCCUCAGGAGCCUCAAGGAGCCCCUGUCCCCCCACUCCUGGCCCUGGGGGAGCUCCAAUAGGGUGCUGGUGUCGAGCGGACUGUUUGGCCGAUACCUGGUCACGCCCUCAGCGGAGUCACUCUUUGUGCUGAAUGGCAAACAGAAGACGCCUCACUGCGAGGUGUCAGACAUCAAGAGAGGGAACACAGUGGUGUGGGUGGGAGAGGUAUGAGAGGGAGAGAGGGAGGGCGAGAGGGAGGGAGAGAGGGAGGGAGGGAGAGGGAGAGAGAUCAGGCCAAAACUCUUAAGAUAUGCUGUAUGUGGACAUAAGUGGACUCAACCCUGGAACUGAGCAAGACAAACACAUGCCUGGGUUAUUGUAACAAAAGUACACAAAAAAUAGAAUAACUGGAGAAAAAAAAUAGGAAAAUUAUUUUGUGGUGUUUUUAGGGGGAGAAUGUGGGUGGUGAGUCCCAUCAGUGCAACAGUGAUCUACAUGCACUUAGCUAAGAGGAGUUGUACAUUAUUGCACUUCCUUGUAACACUGCAGAUAAGUGACAGGAGAGGAAUAUAAUGAUUACAUUUUGAAAAAUGAACUAUGCACAAAGCUCACUUUUUUAGACGAAAGCUUUUUAGUUUCAAGGUGUUUGUCAUUCACCAGUGUUGCAAAUAGUCACAACAAGACACAUCGGCCUGUAGCUUCUACAUUUGUUUUUCGUACCCUUUCAAAACCACCACUUUAACUUUGUCCGUGUUCAUGGUAUACUACACUCUCCCUCAAAGCUCAUCCCGACCAACACAUGCAGGUUGGCUUGAAACCCAUGUCCUGUUGCAUUUAUUUUCCAAAGAGGCCACUUUUCCAUCCAUUAGCCAAGUACAGUGGAUAUCAAAUGGCACACUGUUGAAACCCCAUUAGAGGAUAACGUGUUCUUGUACAAAGACUAGGGAGCUCUAUUCUAUCUGUGUAACUGAGGCAUUACCAAUCGGAUGAUGCAAAUAUAAAGGUACUAUCCCGAAGGAGUGACACGCGGCAUGAUUGCGGUAUCUGUUAUCAUGGAGAAACGUGACUUUACAUUAAAAUAACUCUAUCAUGCUGAACACCGAUACGGAGCCAGUGUCUUCUCCUCCUCACACAGUACGCCUAGCUCCAGUUUCUACCCAGUAACGUUGUAGUCCUCUGUCCUUUUAAGUCCAUUACUGUAAGGCUCUUGUUCAUCUGCAUGGAGGUAUUUUGUAAGACCUGUCUCUGCCCCCGUAGGUUGGUUCCCAUUCUGCUCUACAGCUGAAAUCCAGUUUCCUCUAGACGUGUCUAUAACCCAAGUGUUGGCUAGCACUCUCUGUCUUGAGCAAGUGAUAACAAAAAUACACUGUCAACAAGUGACACAAAGCGAGAUAAAGCAAUCUUUUUCUUAUGUUGGUUAUUUUGAUAUUUGCUGCCACAGUAACUGCCUCAAGUCAGUCUGAAGUAGAAGGUUUGAUGGUUUUUAUCCUAGACCACUGUUGCACUGAGAAAGAAAUAUGUAUAUAUUUCAGGAGCGAUGCAUAGAUGUGUCAUAUUGAUAUAUAUAUAUAUUCAAAAAGCCCAAUUUUAAGCCCAAUUAUUUUGCAGUUGUCAUGGGCUAAACAUGUUUUAGUAAUUACCAUUAAAAAGCUGCAGAAGAGACAACUGCAUCUUUGGAUAAAUACAAAUGUUUGUAAAAUAGUAUUCCAUACACCCUCUAGUGUAUGUAUGUUGGAACAAAAAGGCCACAUAUAGUUCCAGACAUCCUGGGAUUGGAGAAUCUUUGCUUGUAGAACUAUUUUGUGGAACCUUUUCGCCACAGUACUGGUUUCAGAACAAAAUCAAAUCAUGGUAAUCGCCCGUUGUUCACAAACAGAUGGGCAGAUUUUACUGCAGGUGUAGCGAAAUCCUAGCUGCUAACUUUGCUAUACAAAAAGUCCCAAUGAUCAAUAUAACAAUACACAACAAUACACAUUAUUUUUUUCUUACAGAUUAUGUUCCUAAUUAAUCAUACCAAUCACUACAAAAGACAUUCAAUCUUUGUAUUCCAUAUGCAUGUAGAGUGAGUUUAGUCCCAUUACACUAAUAUUGUUUCAACAAGUUUCAAGUUUUCAUUUAUCGAAUGUACCGAAUAACACAGCAUCAACAAUUCAACUUGUUUUGAACUGUAAAGUUUUUAUACAAACUGUGCAUUUUCGCUAGCCAUUAUGUUUGUGUUACUUUGAGGGAAAUGGUUUGUAUAAAAACUUCCAAAUAUGUACAAUACAAUGCCCCAGCCCCCACUAAAAAACAAAGAAAUAAUAAUAAAUUGCAGUGUCACAAUAUAAAUUACUUACUGAAAAUGUGUGAAUAUUCAGGGACAAGUAUCACCAAAUGAAUAUAUCUGUUGCUAAAGUGAGGCCAAACUGUGGUGUAAAACUCAGAACUUUUUUCUGUGUGUAUUUCAAUGUUUAUAACACGUUGUUAGAGCUACUAUUAGGUCCAUCUAUUGGAGUUUGUUGAUCUGGGCUCUGGAUUUGGCUCUUUUGUGCAGAUGUAUCACAUUUUAUGUGAAAGACGCCAAGACAACACGGCUCUGAAAAAAAGUUCUUGUCACGUCCAACCAUUAACCAGUUUCAUUCCAGUGGAUCUGUUAGAGUUUUCCAUCUGAAAGCAGCUGAGUCUCAUAUCCAAAUUAGAAAUGUGUAGUUCUUAGAAGAGUGGUACAGACCAGCCAAUAGCAAAGACAGUGGCACUUUUGGUAUUGCCUGUUGAGUUCAGUUAGGAUGUGUCCAGCGCAAGACCACAUGGCUCUUCAACAUUUACAAUCACUACGGCCAGUCUCAACAGCGGAAUUGUU